UCGAGGCGGCGGCCACAGCGCGCUCCCAUUGGCCAGGGUCCUUGUCAAUCACAAUGCAAUGCCACUCAGGAUAGAUUAGGCACCAUUUGCCAUAACUAAAUAGUUACCUCGUACAUCAAGUAGGAAGAAUUUGUUUUAAUUGGUAUCCCACCGCGCUCGGCGGAGAGUUUAGCACUAGCUACGGUGUCUUCUUCGGUGUAAACCUUCUCGUAAACGCGAAUGCAACAAAGUGUGUCGUUUAAAUCUGUCGGCUCAUCAAACAGAUGUGGAUACACUGCUCGGGAGCUGCCCAGCUGAGGUGAAGGGGAGGGCAUAGGAUCCCAGUGCAGCCGGAGUGUGGAUGACCUGCCCCCCCGCCCCCUCUGUGGAAAACAGGGCCAUGAUCUGAAGAGGGCACACAGCACACCAAACCCCAUUCGUCCUCUCCUCCUUCUCCCCAUUUUAUUUUCCAUUUCUUUUUCAUAUACCUGUUGUGAACCGACGGGGCGACAGCCUCCCUGCCCGGCUGCUUCCAACAGAGUCCGCGUCGCACGGAGAGGACCACCCGGAAAAAGAGACCCGACAUUUAAGGAAGGAAGACGUAGAGCGUUAGCCCCCCCUCCCCCCCCUUUCCCUUGCCCCUCCCACCGCCACACCGGAAACAUGGGGAGGAAAAAGAUUCAGAUCCAGAGGAUCACCGACGAACGCAACAGACAGGUGACGUUCACCAAGCGGAAGUUCGGUCUGAUGAAGAAGGCGUACGAGCUGAGCGUCCUGUGCGACUGCGAGAUCGCCCUCAUCAUCUUCAACCACUCCAACAAGCUGUUCCAGUACGCCAGCACCGACAUGGACAAGGUCCUGCUCAAGUACACCGAGUACAACGAGCCGCACGAGAGCCGGACCAACGCCGACAUCAUCGAGGUAAAGCGUGGGCAGGAGAAGUUCACCUUGGAUUUCAUGUUGUUCUCUGAGAAGGAGUACCCAGAAACGAGGAGAGGAAAUGUGACAUUACCAAGCCACGGCCAAAUGCUCCAAUGA